AUGGCUCUGCGAUACACCCAACCCCUCAUAUUCCCCGCUGUAAAGAGCCACACAGCCACCGUCAUCUUCGCCCACGGCCUGGGUGAUACCGGUCACGGCUGGGCAUCUGCCGUGGAGAACUGGCGCCGGCGACAACGGCUUGACGAGGUCAAGUUCAUCCUGCCGCACGCGCCCACAAUCCCCAUCACUUGCAAUGGCGGCUUCAGGAUGCCCGGUUGGUUCGACAUCAAAGUGCUUGACGGUAGCGUCGAGUCCAUGCGCGAGAACGAAGACGCCGAGGGCAUCCGCACCUCGGCAGACUACCUGCUGUCCCUGGUCCAGGCCGAGAUCGACGCCGGAAUUCCAGCAGACCGCAUUGUGCUGGGCGGCUUCAGUCAGGGCGGAGCCAUGUCCAUCUAUACCGGUCUGACUGCUAAGUUCAAGUUCGCUGGCAUCGCGGCGCUCUCCAGCUGGCUGCUUCUCAGCAAGACGUUCCGCGAGGUGCUGUCUGCCGGUCCGAAGAUGAACGACAACACCCCGAUCUUGAUGUGCCACGGCGACUCCGACCCUCUUGUGAGGCCUGAGCUGAAUAUGCUGAGCUACCAGGUCCUCAACACCAUGGGCUUGAAUGUGACGCGGAAGGUCUACGAGGGCCUGGCUCACUCUGCCUCCUUGGAGGAGUUGGAUGACGUGGAGGCUUUCCUUAAAGAGAGACUGCCUGCCUCGGGAGACAAGGCAGGUGCAAGCACAGACGGUGAUGGCAAGUCUGAGUUGUGA